GUCAUCUCUCUCUCUCUAAAAAUAAUGCAAACCCCCGAUCAAGAUCGCACGGCCGAGGACCAAUUCCAGCCGAUCGCUCGGCGAAUCGAACGGCUUGCGCUCCACCUCUCCCCUGGCCGAGGAAUGGCUCUCCUCUCCGGUGCCGGAGAGCAGCUCCGAAUGGUGGAAUGCGUCAGGGGGGUGCCGAGGCUGAGCGUGGAGACGGCGGCGCUGUCGGAGUACAUGAGAGGCAAGCACAGGGACAUUCAGCAGCGAGUUUUCGAGUAUUUCAGCGCGAGGCCGGAGCUGCAGACGCCGAUCGAGAUCUCGAAGGACGAUCACCGGGAGCUCUGUAUGAGGCAGCUCCACGGCCUUGUCAGGGAGGCCGGGAUCAGGCCCUUCCGCUACUUGCUCGAAGACCCGGCCAAGUACUUUGCGUUUCUCGAGGCCGUCGGGAGCGUCGACCUGUCUCUCGGGAUUAAGACCGGGGUUCAGUACAGUCUUUGGGGAGGCUCUGUGAUCAAUUUAGGAACCAAGAAACACAAGGAUAAGUACUUUGAUGGAAUUGAUAAUUUAGAGUAUCCGGGUUGUUUUGCUAUGACUGAACUCCAUCAUGGAUCAAAUGUUCAAGGCCUCCAAACAACAGCAACAUUUGAUCCUAUCACUGAUGAAUUUAUAAUCAACACACCAAAUGAUGGGGCGAUCAAAUGGUGGAUUGGUAAUGCCGCUGUUCAUGGAAAGCUUGCAACUGUUUUUGCGAAGCUGAUGUUGCCGACUCAUAAUGUAAAAGGAGUUUCGGACAUGGGGGUCCAUGCUUUCAUUGUGCCAAUAAGGGAUUUGAAGACCAACGAAACUCUUCCAGGAAUUGAAAUACAUGAUUGUGGCCAUAAGGUUGGUCUAAACGGAGUGGAUAAUGGAGCACUGAGAUUCCGUUCAGUCAGGAUUCCUCGUGAAAAUCUUCUUAAUCGGUUUGGAGAUGUCUCUAGGGAUGGAAAAUACACAAGUAGCCUACCAACAAUAAACAAAAGAUUUGCUGCAACAUUAGGGGAACUUGUAGGUGGGAGAGUUGGCCUAGCGUAUUCUUCAGUUAGUGUCCUCAAGCUUGCUGGUACAAUUGCGAUAAGGUAUUCAUUACUACGCCAGCAGUUUGGUCCUCCCAAGCAGGCUGAAGUCAGUAUACUUGACUAUCAGUCUCACCAGCACAAGCUUAUGCCAAUGCUCGCUUCAACAUAUGCCUUCCAUUUUGCGACGGUGUAUUUAGUGGACAAAUAUUCAGAGAUGAAGAAGACCCAUGAUGAGCAAUUGGUUGCGGAUGUUCAUGCACUUUCGGCCGGCCUCAAGGCUUAUGUGACGUCAUACACAGCAAAGUCGUUGAGCAUCUGCAGGGAAGCUUGUGGAGGCCAUGGGUAUGCUGCUGUUAACCGCUUUGGUAUUCUGAGGAAUGAUCAUGACAUUUUCCAGACAUUUGAAGGAGACAACACAGUCCUACUGCAACAGGUAGCAGGUGAUUUGUUAAAGCAAUACAAGGAGAAGUUCCAGGGUGGAACAUUUACGGUCACAUGGAACUACCUAAAAGAAUCCAUGAACACAUAUCUAUCUCAGCCGAAUCCAGUAACUGCUCGCUGGGAAAGUGAAGACCAUUUACGAGAUCCUAAGUUUCAGUUAGAUGCCUUCAGAUACCGAACAUCUCGAUUGCUUCAAAGUGUUGCUGUGCGACUCCGCAAGCACUCUAAAAAUCUAGGGAGCUUUGGUGCUUGGAAUAGAUGCUUAAAUCACCUUUUGACAUUGGCGGAAUCUCAUAUUGAGUCUGUCAUCCUAGCUAAGUUUAUUGACGCUGUACAAAGCUGUCCUGACACAAGUUCUCGAGCCGCCCUGAAACUUGUCUGUGAUCUUUAUGCCUUGGACCGAAUCUGGAAGGACAUAGGAACCUACCGUAACGUCGAUUACGUGGCACCAAAUAAAGCUAAGGCAAUUCACAAACUCACUGAAUACCUGAGCUUCCAAGUUAGAAAUAUUGCAACAGAACUUGUGGACGCAUUUGAUCUUCCGGAUCAGGUUACAAGGGCCCCUAUUGCAAUGAAGUCAGAAGCAUACGCUCAGUACACUCAAUUUGUGGGGUUCUAGUAUCCAAUACAAAACAAAGAGCAAAUGAGUAGAUGUUUGAAAUCUCAGCCAAAAAAAAAAAAAAAAAAGAAUUUUUGAAAUAAUUAUGGAUGGUAAAUUAGAGAAAUCUGGAUGGUGGGAGAGGGUGUUAUUUCUUGGUUUGGAGACCAGGAGAUUUCUUGUCAUUUUUUCCCCUUUUACUUUUUAAUUUUCUAAAGUUAUUUAUACAAAGGAAUGUAAGAGUCGUUGGCUUCAGCCUUCAUGCCA